UCAAGAGUCCACAAAUGAGAGGUCUCAAUGAAAUGUAUACAGUAGAAAAGUGAAUACGAAGAAAAAGAAUGACUGUUGUUGGGUCCAGUCCUUUGAAAAGUUAAGUCUUGUUAGUCCCUCAGUAGAAAUGGCUGAAAACAACCUGUUUCAUUUGAAUUAAGGAAGCUGAGCAUUACUGCAGCAACUUAAGAAAAACCCUGUUGACUUCCUGGAAACUGAAAGAAUUUUUUUUGAAGAAGUAGUUGUCUCUGACAUCACUAAACUGCAUAGCAAGUUUGUGAGUGGUUAGUUUGGGGGUAACAGAGGAAGCGACUCCUUCACAGAUAAGCAGGCAGUGUAAUUGAGAGACACAUGCUGCUUCAUAAGGAUACGCCUGAUUUCCAGAAAUAACCAUGUUUUUGUGGCUUAAACUCCUGGCAUUUGGUGUUGUCCUCCUGUGUCAGGAUCAGGAUGCUUUUGUCAAAGGAAAUGAAAAUGGGACAUCUUCCAGCUCUCCCCCCUCCCUUACGUCUCCUCCACCUGCACAUUCCACGUCACUCUCACCUCCAAGCACCACUAAAGCAGGAGACGAAAAUCUGGCACCUGCCAGCUCUCCCCCCUCCCUUACGUCUCCUCCACCUGCACGCUCCACGUCACUCUCACCUCCAAGCACCUCUGAAGGAGUUCAGGAAAUGGCAAAAACGACUGGUGUCUUCCCCUCAGACAGCACACACCUCUCCAUGCACACAGGCUCUGACCCAGCCACGGGACCCAGCAACUCACCACGCAGCAGCCCUGCUGCCCUCACCACACGCACUCCCACUGCCUUCAGUCAUGCUUCAUCAGAUGAUAACAAACCAGUAUCCUUGCACAGCACCACCUCACCAGUCAGCAUGCCAGCAAGCACUGGGAUCAUCCCCAAUCACACAAUAGUAAGUCCCUCAGUGACAACUGAAGAACCUUGUGAUGAUAAUAUGUCCUACAUCAUAGGAAAUGGAACAGACGAGAAAAACAUGGUUGAAGUUACACUGAAUUAUCUCAAAAAAAACAGAGAAUAUGCUAUUUGGCUCAGAGAUGAGGUGAAGUCAUGGGUGAAUGUCAGCACCAACACAGCAAAACUUAACAUAUGCGAAAUGUAUACAGUUAGAUCUAACAACUGCACAGACAUAAAUAUAAUUAUUCCACCUGAUAAAAGCAAGUGUUCUUUAGAAAAGAAGAUUGUUAACAGCACAUCUGUACAGUUCUGUUUCAAAGACAAUACCUCAGAUACAGAUUGCUCAGGUGCCUGUAAUAAUGUGAGUGUUAGCUGUGAAGAAACAUCUCAGAAAUCAUAUGGAUCUUGCAUAUUAAUGAACAAUUUAACAGCUGACCAUCCUUACAAAUGCAAUCACACAGUAAAGUAUUUUGGAAAUGAGUUUGUCCUCGAAUCCUUCGAUAUAGAAACAGAAUAUGAUGCUCCAGAAGCACCAGAAAAUCUUACAGUAGAAAUUUCUAUCGAAAGUGUAAGAGUUAAGUGGAGACCACCUAGCAAGACUUCAAAGAAUCUUAUAUGUGGCUAUACUGUAAACUGCAGUGGCGCUGCUGACCACAGGACAAAUGACACUGAGUUUACUUGUGAAGGAUUAACACCUUAUACCAAACCUUAUGCCAAAUUUGAUGUGUCUGUAGCUGCAUAUAUAUGUAGCAGACGUAGAGAAAUUGUGGGAAAAUAUAGCAAAACCAAUUCUACAACAGAACCAGGAGUACCAGAUCCAGUGACUGAUGUCCGUCUACAUCUGGAAGACGAUAAUGUCGUCAACAUUACCUGCAAAAAUCAACAAGUGUACGGGAAAGAAACACGGUUUCUAUUAUCCUGGAAUGCUGGAAAAAGAAAUGAAAGUACAUGUGCUUUUCAAAUACGAGAUCUCUCAUACUUGACAAAUUAUAGCUUUAAAGUCAGUGUGCAUAAUGGCGAAUAUGAAGGAAACCCAGUAAUUCAGAGUAUAAAAACCAGAUAUAACUCUAGGGCCCUGAUCAUAUUCUUGGUGUUCUUGAUUGUUGUGACAUCAAUUGCUUUGCUAUUGGUUCUGUAUAAAAUCUAUGACCUUCACCAAAAAAAGCUUAGCAAUUCUUCUGAAGACAUCAGCCUCGUAGGAGUUAAAGAUGAUGAAAGACAGCUUCUGAACAUAGAGCCAAUACCUUCUGAGAAAUUGUUGGAGACAUAUAAGAGGAAGAUUGCUGAUGAAGGAAGACUUUUCUUGGAUGAAUUUCAGAGUAUUCCUAGAAUUUUCACUAAAUUUUCAAUAAGGGAGGCCAAAAAAAGCCAUAAUCAGAACAAAAACCGUUACAUUGAUAUCCUUCCAUAUGACCAUAACCGUGUUGAGCUCUCUGAGAUACCAGGAGAUCCAGGAUCAGACUAUAUCAAUGCAAGUCAUAUUGAUGGCUUCAAAGAACCAAGAAAAUAUAUUGCUGCACAAGGCCCCAAGGAUGAAACCACAGAUGAUUUCUGGAGAAUGAUCUGGGAGCAGAAGGCAACAAUUAUUGUCAUGGUUACUCGCUGUGAGGAAGGAAACAGGAACAAAUGUGCCCAGUACUGGCCAUCAAUGGAGAACGGCUCUGCAACAUACGGGGACAUUAUUGUGAAGAUCAACGAAAGUAAAAUGUGUCCAGACUAUAUAAUUCAGAAACUACAUAUCACAAAGGGAAGAGAAAGGACGGCUGGUAGAGAAGUCACUCACAUUCAGUUCACAAGUUGGCCAGACCACGGAGUUCCCGAGGAUCCUCAUCUCCUUCUCAAACUCCGACGCAGAGUUAAUGCUCUAAGCAACUUUUUUAGUGGCCCAAUAGUGGUUCAUUGCAGUGCUGGUGUUGGGCGCACUGGAACCUAUAUUGGAAUUGAUGCAAUGCUGGAGGGGCUGGAUGCAGAAGGCAGAGUGGAUGUUUAUGGCUAUGUUGUGAAGCUGCGUCGGCAGCGGUGCCUCAUGGUUCAAGUAGAGUCACAGUACAUCCUUAUCCAUCAAGCGCUAGUGGAAUACAAUCAAUAUGGAGAAACAGAGAUCAGUCUCUCAGAACUGCAUUCCUAUCUUAACAAUCUGAAAAGAAAAGAUCCUCCAAGUGAUCCUUCUCUGCUGGAGGCAGAAUUUCAGAGACUGCCUUCCUAUAAAGGCUGGCGGACACAGAACACUGGGAAUCGAGAAGAAAAUAAAAGCAAAAAUAGGAAUGCCAAUACAAUUCCAUAUGACUUCAACCGAGUGCCAAUCAGGAAUGAAGAGGAACAAACUAAGGAGGGUGAACAUGAUUCAGAUGAUUCUUCAGAUGAAGAAAGUGACUGUGAAGAAUCAAGCAAAUACAUCAAUGCUUCCUUCAUAACUGGUUACUGGGGUCCAAAAGCCAUGAUUGCAACACAGGGACCACUACAGGAAACUAUCUCUGACUUCUGGCAGAUGGUAUUCCAAAGAAAAGUCAAAGUCAUUGUUAUGCUGACAGAGCUAAAAGAAGGAGAUCAGGAACACUGUGCACAGUACUGGGGAGAAGGCAAACAAACAUAUGAUGGCAUAGAAGUUCAAAUGACGGAUGUCAACUGUUGUCCUAGCUAUACGAUACGAGCAUUUGAUGUUACACAUCUGAAGAGGAAAGAAACACAGAAGGUGUAUCAGUAUCAGUAUCACAGGUGGAGUGGCUUGGAUGUUCCAGAAGAUCCUAAAGAUUUAGUCAGCAUGAUUCUAAACCUUAAACAAAAAAUCCCAACCAGACCAGCCUCUGAGGACAACAGGAACAACCGCAGUGUCCCACUCGUUGUCCACUGCCGUGAUGGAUCGCAGCAGACUGGUGUAUUUUGUGCUUUAAUGACCCUCUUGGAAAGUGCAGAAACAGAAGAAGUAAUAGAUGUUUUCCAAGUAGUAAAAGCUCUCCGUCGUACCAGGCUGGGAGUGGUCUCCACCUUUGAACAUUACCAAUUUCUGUAUGACACCAUUGCCAGUAUCUACCCUGCACAGAAUGGACAAAUAAAGAAGAACAGCCAGCAGGAAGAUAAAGUUGAAUUUUGCAAUGAAGUAGAAAAAAAAGAUCAGGAAACUGAUUUGAUCACUAUUGAUCUUACCUCAUCAAUACCAGAGGAAAAUGGGGCUUCUGAAGUUUGUGAGGAUUCUAAGGCUGCAGAUACUACUAAGGGAACAGAAAGCUCAACAAAUGGCCCCACAACUCCAGUUUUAACUUAGAUUUUUUUGCUAAAAAAUAAACAGUGCAUUUUCAUGUGCAAAAAAUCUUAACCAAAAUAAGAAGUAUAUGAUUUUUUUCCCCUCUUCAUACCUUUUUGAAAGACAUCUACUUUUAUAUAAGAUUUUCAAAGUUACAAAUUUAACAGAAUACUUGAAACUUGUAGAGAGUGACAAAGAACUGUGAAAGUUCAUUUUUUGUGUAGAUUUGCAUUUAAUUCUUCCAAAACUUUUCACUGUUUUUAUGCUUUUCAUUU